AUGAAAGGGAUGUGCAUAAUGAACACAGACAUCCUGGCUGUCGCUGAGGAGCCACCCGUAGGGACCGUCCUCGCCGACGGCGGCUCCUGGACCUCCUCGUUAGCACGCAGGGCAUCGCCUGCGCUCCCAUGCCACGCUGAGGGGACCCGUGCUGUGGCCGUGGGGCUCAUCCGCGCCAGCCCUGACGACAGAGUGCUGCCCCUGAGGAAUCGGGGUCUCCCUCAUGCCCGAGACCCCGCAGCCACCCUGCCACAGUCCUGGCGUGGCACCCUCGUGAUAGCCCAGCAGCCCUCCAGUGACAACGGCAUCGGCCGUGAAGGCUGGCUGGCUCUUCUCCGUCUGCACGCCUGCGUCGCUGCAAACGGCCAAGAGCUUUUUGUUCCCUCGGACAGGGCGCUCGCUGCCCGCGCCGGCUUCCUGCGGGCGCUGAAAGAAGCUGCAAACAUAGUGCAGGCGCUGGAGCUGUUUGCGAAGUCGGACACGCUGGGCGGGGAGAACGCCUACAUGUGUGCCAAGGCUGAAGGCAUCGGGGGCUCCGGCAGCCAGCAGCGGCUCUCUGAGAAGGAAGGUGUCUUACCUGGACUAUUUGUCUGGCAUCUGAAGAAGACUGGAAUACGGCAGGUACCAUGCCAGUUCGUGCAUCUAUGCCACGUAGCCAAUGACAGAUUGAUUACAUUUCAGUACUUUAACUUUCUCAAACGAAUGUAUGUAACACAAUACAACAAAGACCUCAGCCAACGAGCCAAACCGAAGUCGGAUUCAAUUGUAUCUCCUUUUCGUGAGCUUCAGCAACUUGAUCAAGAAAAAAAGGUUAUACACAAGAUUAGACCAGUUCCACCUGUUCAUCAACCUUUAUCUGAGACAUCAAGCAGAAAUGAGUUGAGAGAAGUGAAGUCAGCUGCAGAAACUGCAGACUCAGUCACACCAGUAAGAGCAGAAUCCAAAGACGACAGACAAUGGAAAGAAAUAAAGCUACGGCUGGAUGACUUGCCAGGAAUCUUGGCACGCUUGUCCAAAAUUAAGCUUACAGCUCUGGUUGUGAGCACCGCGUCUGCUGGCUUUGCCAUGGCCCCGGUCCCUUUCGACCUGACCUGUUUCCUGCUCGCCUCCCUCGGAACCGGACUGGCGUCCUGUGCGGCCAACUCCAUCAAUCAGUUCUUUGAGGUUCCGUUUGACUCAAAUAUGAACAGGACAAAAAACAGACCACUGGUGCGAGGACAGAUCAGCCCCCUGCUCGCCGUCUGUUUUGCCGCCUCCUGCGGAGUCCCGGGAAUCGCGCUGCUGACGCUGGGAGUCAACCCCCUCACCGGGGCCCUGGGAGCCUUCAACAUUUUCUUAUACACGUGUUGUUACACACCCAUGAAGAGAAUGAGCAUUGCCAACACGUGGGUGGGAGCUGUCGUCGGUGCCAUUCCCCCCGUCAUGGGCUGGACUGCGGCUACUGGUAGUCUUGAUGCUGGUGCGUUACUGUUAGGAGGAAUCCUCUAUUCCUGGCAGUUCCCUCACUUCAACGCCCUGAGCUGGGGGCUGCGGGAGGAUUACUCCCGAGGAGGAUACUGUAUGAUGUCCGUCACCCACCCGGCGCUGUGCAGGCGGGUGGCUCUGCGUCACUGCUUGGCCUUAAUCGGACUCUCAACGGUGGCUCCUGUUCUCGACAUCACCACGUGGACUUUCCCCAUCAUUUCGCUUCCUAUUAACCUCUACAUCUCCUACCUCGGCUUUCGGUUCUACAGGGAUGCAGACCGCAGCAGCUCCAGGAAGCUUUUCUUCUGCAGUCUGUGGCAUUUGCCAAUGCUGCUGCUCGUCAUGUUCACGUGCAAGAAGUCGUUCCUAGAGAAGGAAGACAAAGGCGAUCUGCUCGGGGGAAAUCAUGGGAGGGCUAUGGAAAUUAGAUUGCCUUAAAUGUCAAUUACUUGUCGUCCUCGUGACGCAUCAGGUAGUAUGUUUUAGUAAUUACAAGGGGGAAACCUGUGGGGAUUUGUUUGAAGAAGAAUCAUUUGUGCCUAGCGACCACUUUAUGUGAUAAUUUUCUCUUUUCUUCCGAAAGGGAAUAGACGUGAGAGCUUAAAGCAUUCACGGGCCUCAGGCUCACUCACUCAUCACAGAUUCAAAUUUAGCCUAUGUCAGAAGCACAUCACUUUGGGAUGGCC